CACAUGCCGCAAUCUUGUGCUGACCAGCUCUCCUCCGUCUCUUCCUCCAUCCGAGUCUAGAAGCUUCUGGAAGACAGUUGGCAAGUUCUCUUCUCGCGCCAUGGGCAACGGCCUCUCCCCGUGCUUGAGAAUCCCGACCACGGCCCCCGCGGCGGUGAGGCUGGUGUACUGGGGCGGGCGGACGCGGGUGCUGCUCGUCAACGAGGAGGCGGACGACAGCCUCGACGGCGAGGGGUGCUCCACGGCGGGGAACGUGGCGGCCGAGCUGCUCCCGCCCGGCGGCCACGUCGUGUGCCCGUCCGACAGCUUCUUCGUCGGCCUGCCCAUCCCGAUCACGCCGCCAGCCGAGCGGCUCCUGCCGGGGCGCACCUACUUCGUGCUCCCCGCUGCGCGCCUCUCCCCCGGCUGCCCGUCCGACAAGGCGCCGCCGGUGCUCACCGCCGCCACGCUCGCCGCGUUGUCGGGGGGCAAGAAGCGGUUGUCCCUCGCCGGCCCCGCCGACUGCCCCUUCGAGUACGUCAAGGGCGGCGCGGCCCCGCUCAUCCGGGUCCUCCCGGAGUUCAUCGAGAAGGUGAUCACCUGCGACGGUGCCAGUGACGGCGCUGUCCGGCGCGGCAAGUGCGGCGUCGCGGCUGCCACGGCAUCGGCGACGGAGCUGUGCAGCACGCCCGAACUCAAGAGCCACUACGCGCAGCUCGUCGGGCCGAGGACCCGGUCCUGGUCGCCCAGGCUGGAGACCAUAUCGGAGCGCGGCAAGAGGCCGGUGUUCCCGUCGCCGGCCAGACUGCUGCUGCUGGCUUCGCAAUAGCCGGCCGCCGGCGCUUCUUCGACCACCAACUGAUUCAAUGACGUGCGUAGAUGUUCAUUCAGAUUAACUAGUAUAGGUAGAGAGCUAAGAGGUCAAUAAAUAGUUAGCGAGGAUCAGGGAUGCAUUCGAAGCACAAAUGUACAGAGAUUUCUGAAACUGAGAUUAUGAUGAUACAGAAAUUAAUGUGGCAGUCA